GCACAAACGUGCUUGCGUGAGAUCGCGGCGCAGCGUCCCUCCUUGCCCCUCCGAAUGAAAGGGAAGGUCCCAGCGAGCGAGUGCCUUUGAAGCGAGCGGCAGUAGUGGCGGCUCCGGCUCCCUUUGCAGCCGCUGGGGCUGCCUUGGCUUCUUUCCCCUUCCUCCCAGUCUGGCCCGAUAUCCCAUUGAAGAAGUCACGGAUCCACAGUUUGUUAUUUGCAGCCGUAAGGAUUGAAGUGGUGUUCUUCAGGCAAUUUUAAAAAUCAUGUCAGGCUCAGUUGGACAGAAAAAGGGGUCUGGGAGACAGCGCAAGUGUGGCUUCUGUAGAUCCAAUAAAGAUAAUGAAUGUGGGCAGCUGCUGAUGUCUGAAAACCAGAAGGUGGCAGCACACCACAAAUGUAUGCUGUUUUCAUCUGCCUUGGUAUCUUCACACUCUGAUAAUGAGAGUCUUGGAGGCUUUUCCAUUGAAGAUGUGCAAAAAGAAAUAAAGAGAGGUACCAAGCUGAUGUGCUCGUUAUGCCAUUGUCCAGGGGCAACAAUUGGCUGUGAUGUAAAAACCUGCCACAAGACCUAUCACUACUACUGUGCAUUGCAUGAUAAAGCUCAGAUCCGAGAGAAACCCUCCCAAGGCAUUUACAUGAUAUUGUGUCGAAAACAUAAGAAAACAGCCCACAACUCAGAAGCAGAUUUAGGUGAAGGUCUUAAUGAACAUGAAUUGGAACCAUCGCCUCCCAAAAAGAGGGGGCGUAAAGGAAGGCCCAGAAAAAUGAGUCUCAAAGGGCAGUCAGAAGACACUCGAUCAACAUCUUCACAUGGCACAGACGACAUAGAAAGCAGCUCUUAUAGAGACAGAUCACCCCACAGAAGCAGUCCCAAUGAUACAAAACCUAAAUGUGGAUUCUGUCAUGCAGGUGAAGAAGAAAAUGAAGCUAGAGGGAAGCUUCAUAUAUUCAAUGCCAAAAAGGCAGCUGCACAUUAUAAGUGCAUGUUGUUUUCUUCUGGCACUGUACAACUGACAACAACAUCAAGGGCAGAGUUUGGUGACUUUGAUAUUAAAACUGUGCUUCAGGAAAUCAAGCGAGGGAAGCGAAUGAAGUGCACACUCUGUAGUCAGUCUGGCGCAACUAUUGGAUGUGAAAUCAAAGCUUGUAUCAAGACUUACCAUUACCACUGUGGAGUGCAAGACAAAGCAAAAUACAUUGAGAACAUGUCUCGAGGAAUUUACAAGCUUUACUGUAAAAACCAUAGUGGGAAUGAUGAAAGAGAUGAAGAGGAUGAAGAGAGAGAGAGCAAAAGCCGUGAAAAGUCUGUAGCUGACCACAGUGGAGUUCCUCAGCAGCAGCAACUCAAUGGAAACUAGGUUCAAGGGACAGAGUAAAACUGGGAAUGAAUAAAACAUCCAUAACUGCUAAUCUUUUUAGAAAAAUGCUUUAUAAGGUCAGAGAAGGGUUAGUAAAUUUUUUUACCCUGCCCAACUGUUAGAAAAUGUCAUUGAACUGCCUGAAACGUUCAUGUGUGUGAGCCUUCAAUCAGCGGCAGAGUUUCUUCAUGUCAAUAUAACGUAGUUAGUUGUCUGCAGUGUCUGGAGAAAAAACCCCUCUGAAAUGCUAUAUAAAUGAUAUGUAAUGUGUACAGUGUCAAAGCUGAGGCAGAUGUGGAAAUAGUAAAUUCUCUUUUCUAGACUGAAUAAGAAGUUUGGGAUAUGUAAAUUCAGUGGAUUUGUGUACCAUGGGAAGGUCGUAUGUAAUUUACAAAGUGGACAUGCCUGUGGUGGCAGCAAGUCGGUGAACAUGUGCAUUUUUGUGUUGACCUUCGCACACAAACCAUGGCGAUGAGCUAGGAGGGAAAGUACUGUCCCCCCCUCCUUUUUUUGGCAGAAGCACCCAGUCAAGAAAAGAAUUCUGCAGCUUCAGAAGUGUGCUCGAACCAUUUGCUACAACAAUGGGUUCUACCCCUAGCAUUCCUGGCUGGAGACCUCUUGAGCAGCUGUUGACUAUGAGCUGUGAGCUUCAGUACUCAUGCCAAAGGGCUGUAGUUCAUUCUCUUGACCGUGACCAUCCUCCUUGGCCUCUUCCCUGCUUUACCUAGAACCUGUGACAUUUUGCAACUGAAAACGAGAAUGGUUAUGUCUGGAAGCAGCAACACCCCCUCCCCCUUCACAUCACUUCUUAAAUUUCAAAGUUACUGCUCAGCUCUCACUAUGGAAGUUAGCCACCUUAUUGGACAUCAUACCUCAAGUGCUCUGUGCUGCGUGGAACACAUCAUGUUUUGUCCCAAAUAUAUACACAUACACAGAGAGAGAGAGAGAGAGAGAGAUCCUGUAUGCCCUAAGAAGAAAGCAUAAUAAGACUCUGGAUUUUCUUUGCUUUUUGGUUUUUACAAACAAAGAGGUCAGUAUUUAUUUUGAGUCUUGCGACCACUAUACAAGAAUGUUUUAGUAUUUGAUUAUGGUUUCCCGGCAGAUCAAGUUGAAUGCUGUUAAAAAUCUGAGUGCUCUAUUGGAGUCCAAUUAGCUUGACAUUAUGCCAAAUCUAAACAUACUAGUUAUAAUGUCAUUAAAUCCUUACCUCUAGUACUUUCUCCCAUUGGUCUUGUAAAAAAACCUAUUGUUUUAUAAACACAACCAAAAAGUCAUACUAGUUAGCAAGCUAGCAAAACUCAUUUCAGAUUUUAUUAUCUUUUGAAAUCUAAAUGUAAGGCAACGCAGCAAACGACAACAGUGACAGUUUGACGGAGAAGUGACAGACGUUCACUUGCAAUCAGUACUGUAAAGGUUUUUCAUGAUAUGAUCUGUGUUUCCGAAGCCUUGUUUAAUUUUGUGGGAUUUUUAUUUUUAACCUUUUAUUGUCCUUUUUUGUAAUGCAUUUCAUUAUUGUUUCAAGGGACUCAACUGUUGUAUAAUAGAACUUCAAAGACUCUCAAGCUGGAAUUCAAUCCAUUUGGUUUGAAAAUUUCCUGGAAGAGUUCAGAUUUAGCAGAAAAGAUGUGUAUAAAAAUAAAUCUGUUAACUGCUCUUAUGCCAUUGACCAAUUUUUUAUUUUGUAUUGUAAUGGUCAAGAUUAAAGGCGCAACUUGUACUGAAAUAGAUUUUUACCAGGGUGUGCGCUCCUUCAAAAGCAUGAGGUUUUGGGGUUUUUUAAAAGUCAUGUAAUUGUUUCAGAAUACAAACAUCUCUCUUACUAUAUUAGAUCAGUGUUGGUUUUUUAUUCUUGUCAUGUCACUAUUCUGAAGGUUCUGGGCAAGUUGUAACACGUUCAAAAUAAACAAGAUAAAUGCCAACAAAAUUCCAAACAAUUGAAAAAACCUUGCUUACUGCCAGUAUGUUUAAAACUAACUUAUUACAGAACUUGUUGACGGUACCAGGGCUCUGAGCCACCAAGAUGUUCAGCCUGUACACCCUGGUCAUUUGAGUGUAGAAGGUAGACAAGGCUGCCCUGGUUAAGUUCUGUGAUCCCUUCAGAAAUCAGAAAAAAAGGCUGCAAAACCUCGGUUUUUUCCUUAUUUGCCUUCUCUAAAAUACAGGCACUUCUUGUUAGCAACCCCUCACCCUCCCUCUCUCUGGUGAAAAGGUGCAUAGCCUAGUAUGUCUCCCAGUUCAGUCACUGUAAUUGUCACUGGCCACUGCUGCAUUUGCUAAUGAAAGCAACUUGAUCUUCUGUCUUGCCAUUGGCUACCAAAAGAGCAUGUGUUUGGCUCUGUAGGUACCUUGUGUGACAUUUUGAUGACUCUUGGAAAUAGUCUCAAAUUGCAGUGCUCUAAAGUUGACCAUGGCGUUUGCUGUAAGUGUAACAGUGCAGUCCUAGACAGAGUACCAUCCUUUUAAGUCCACUGAAAUUAGUGGGCUUAGAAGGGUGUAACUCUUUUUAGGAUUGCACUAUGUAUAAGUCAUAACUUGUGUUGGCAGGUGUACUAGUUCCAAGUGCCUUAAGAUGUAUGAACCCGCAUGUUCACGCAGCAUCACCCACAGGGCAACCAUAGCCAUGGGGUUAAGAGUCUCCUGCAGUGUAUUUGUUGCUUGGUACAAAGGAAGCUGUCUAAAACUGCAUGUAGUUGGUCUGUGUGUGCUAUCUUAUCUUAUAACUUUGUCUUUUUGGUAUAGCCCUCCUCCCCCACCAAUAUAUCAUGAAUUCUUUACUAUUUUAUUAUCUUGACAUUAAAAUGUAGCAUC